UGGAGUGGUGAAGAUUCCUCUAGCGAGUCUGUUCCAGCUCAUUCCUUAGAAAGGCUGUCUGUGUGUGAAAGAUCAGAGAGGAGGCCAGUAGAUCUGGGUUUUGUCCAGGGGUCUCUGGGUUUAAAGCUCUCUACCAACCACUUGAGCUCAUUUUCCCUGUGACUUGGCUGGGUACAACUUCUUUCACUGCCCAGGCUGUUAAAAAUCUUAAACUUUACCCUUUGGAAUUCUUUCAGUUGCAGGACAGAUACAACUUAUUCCUUAGCAAAAAUGGAAGCUAUCAAGAAAAAGAUGCAGAUGUUGAAGUUAGACAAGGAGAAUGCCAUUGACAGAGCUGAGCAGGCUGAAACGGAUAAGAAGGCAGCUGAGGACAAAUGCAAACAGGUAGAGGACGAGCUGGUAGCUCUGCAGAAAAAGUUGAAAGGAACCGAAGAUGAGCUGGAUAAGUACUCGGAGGCUCUCAAAGAUGCCCAGGAAAAACUAGAGCAGGCUGAAAAGAAGGCCACUGAUGUAUGUACCUGCGCCUCGGAUUUGCCU